AUCCACAAUUCUUUGCGGCCCUGGUAGCUUCGUCAGGUGAUGCUGACAUUGAGGCGGAAAUGAAAGUUAACUAGAGCCGUCGGAUCUCCACUGAAAUAAGGGCUGUGUUGUCAUGGCAGCAGCCAGCGUGAGUCGACCUGGCGUUACCCAGACCACAGAGAAGUCGCAGUUGACCUUGAAAGUGCUCUCAGCCAAGCCUCAGUCCCCCAAACUCCCCGGCAGGAACGCGCGCCUCAGCUCCUUCGUGGAGGUCACCGCGGACGGCCUGAGCAGCGAGACCAAGAAGACGGGCAAACGCAGCGGCCACCCCGAGCUGCAGUGGAACGAGGACCUCACCCUGAAUGUGACCCCUCAGAGUCGUUUGGAUCUGAAGUUGUGGAGCUGCCACACCUUGAGGAAAGAACUGCUUGGGAGCGCAACCAUUGACCUGCUGGAUACACUGCGCACACACCAGGGAAAGAUGGAGAAUGUGAAGCUCAGCCUGGCCUUGCAGACGGAGAACAGAGGCUCGGUUGUAGCGGGCGGAGAGCUGACCGUCUGUCUGGACGGCCUGGCUGUUGAUCUGGGAUCCCUGCCCAAUGGCAGCUCCGCGACAGACAAGCUGCUGCAGACAGACGGACCGGCCGACGGGACAGACAGACAUGGCAACCUGCGCAGGACACAGAGCGAAGAGACACCCGGCACAGCCAGCCCCCGUGGCAGGAAUCACAGGCACUCUGCAGGGGGGGCUCGAGGAGCCUCUCUGACCAAUGGGGAGCCGGCGCUGAACGGAGAGCAGAGCCCUGGGGGGCGGAGCCGCCACCGAUCCUCUAAGAACCUCCAUACCAGCCCUGCAGGUAAAGGCGAUUUGUCCACGAGCGGGGUGGAGAACGGGAGGAACAGCCCCGCCCGCCACACUCCCCCGCCGGCCCCCUCCUCCCCCAGGGGCACGCCCACCCCCACGCCCCCCGCGCCCGACCCCGGGGCUCCGCCCCCACCUGCCGACUUCAACGAGACGGGGGCGGCCCCCCCCAACCCCGACCAGCCCAACUUCAGCACUGACCCAGUGCAGGAGUCACUGCCCGCGGGCUGGGAGCAGAGGGUCUUGCCCCAUGGGAGAGUGUACUACGUUGACCACAACACCAAGACCACCACCUGGGAGAGGCCAUUACCCCACGGGUGGGAGAAGCGUGUGGACCCGCGGGGCCGGUUCUACUAUGUGGACCACAACACGCGCACCACCACCUGGCAGCGGCCCACGCCCGAGUCCGUGCGCAACUACGAGCAGUGGCAGAGCCAGCGCAGCCAGCUGCAGGGCGCCAUGCAGCACUUCAGCCAGAGGUUCCUCUACCAGCCCUCCGGAGCUCCUGUGGAGAAUGACCCGCUGGGCGCGCUCCCUCCCGGGUGGGAGAAAAGACAAGACAAUGGGAGGGUGUACUUCGUCAACCACAACACCCGGACCACGCAGUGGGAGGACCCUCGAACCCAAGGGAUGAUCCAGGAGGCUCCGCUGCCCCCUGGCUGGGAGAUGAAGUACACCGCUGAGGGAGUGCGCUACUUUGUGGACCAUAACUCCCGCACCACCACCUUCAAGGACCCACGGCCCGGGUUCGAGUCUGGCACCAGACAGGGCGGGUCCCCGGGAGCCUACGAUCGCAGCUUCAGGUGGAAAUAUCACCAGUUCCGCUUCCUUUGUCAUUCCAAUGCCUUGCCCAGCCAUGUGAAGAUCAGCGUAUCGCGACAGACGUUGUUCGAAGACUCAUUUCAACAGAUCAUGAACAUGAAGCCGUAUGACCUGCGCAGGAGGCUCUACAUCAUCAUGAGGGGGGAGGAGGGGCUGGACUACGGAGGCAUCGCCCGAGAGUGGUUCUUCCUGCUGUCGCAUGAGGUUCUGAACCCCAUGUACUGCCUGUUCGAAUACGCCGGCAAGAACAACUACUGCCUGCAGAUAAACCCCGCCUCCUCCAUCAACCCUGACCACCUCACGUACUUCCGCUUCAUUGGACGAUUCAUUGCCAUGGCCCUGUACCAUGGGAAGUUCAUAGACACGGGCUUUACUCUUCCUUUCUACAAGCGCAUGCUCAAUAAAAAGCCCACGCUGAAGGACCUGGAGUCCAUCGACCCCGAGUUCUACAACUCCAUCAUGUGGGUCAAAGACAACAGUCUGGAGGAGUGUGGGGUAGAGCUGUACUUCGCUCAGGACAUGGAGAUCUUGGGAAAAGUCUCCACUCACCAGCUGAAGGACGACGGCGAGAAUGAAUUGGUCACCCAGGAGAACAAAGAGGAGUACAUCGGUCUGCUGACGGAUUGGCGCUUCACGAGGGGAGUGGAGGAGCAGACCAAGGCCUUCCUGGACGGGUUCAACGAGGUCGUGCCUCUGGAGUGGCUGCGCUACUUCGACGAGAAAGAGCUGGAGUUGAUGUUGUGUGGGAUGCAGGAGGUUGAUCUGAGUGACUGGCAGAAGAACACCAUCUACAGGCACUACACCAAGAACAGCAAGCAGAUACACUGGUUCUGGCAGGUGGUGAAGGAGAUGGACAGUGAGAAGCGUAUCCGGCUGCUGCAGUUUGUCACAGGAACCUGCCGCCUGCCCGUCGGGGGCUUCGCUGAGCUCAUAGGUAGCAACGGGCCUCAGAAGUUCUGCAUAGACAAGGUGGGGAAGGAGACCUGGCUGCCCAGGAGUCACACCUGUUUUAAUCGGCUGGACCUGCCUCCUUACCGGAGUUUGGAGCAGCUGAGGGAGAAGCUGCUGUUCGCCAUCGAGGAGACGGAGGGAUUCGGGCAGGAGUGAGGGGGAGGAGGGAGCACGAGCGGUGAGACGGAGGAGCGCGGGGGAGGAGAACGAGGAGGAGGAGGAGGAGACGCCGCGAGCGGAGCGGAGAGGAGAGGGAGAAAGCAGCCCCGGGAACAGAAAAAUUCCCAGCCACUCAUUGUCAAGCCCCGCCCACGUCCCUGCUCACUGGCUAUGACAGACGGGCUCCUCGCGACGUCACGCUGAGCCGCGUGCGCGCAUGAUUAAUCUUACAGAAAACGCCUCCUAGCUGCGUUUCACGGUCCUGGUUGUAAUUGGUGUCAUAUCUUUUUUUUGAUUUUUCUCUCCCUUCAAGAAAAACAGAACUCUGGCUUUAUACGAAUGUUUUAUCGCACCAACAAUCAUUAACGGUGAUGAAAUCAUGCAGAGCAGGCGGAGGCGUAGACGUCUUGAGUUCGUCCCGUUUCGCUCUUUCCUGCCCCUGAGCCGCACGCUCGCUCUCCACUGUUUGUGAGCGGCAAACUCGUCCGCGGCUCUCUCUGGAGGGGGCGUGGCCUCUCACCAGCACAGAUAUCCGGUAGGACCCAGGGGGGUGUGGCCACGAUGAUGGGACUUCCGACGAAGUGGCGUGUAGACUUUGUCUCCCCCUGCUGGCUGCCUGCCGCCUGUACAUUCGCCCUCUCUUCCCUCCCUUGUAAUUACACCAAAUACAUUAUACAGGACGUCUUCAAUAAAGAUUAUAUUAUAUCACCUGCAAAUAUCAACAAAUCAGCUACAGCUAAUGUAUGUAUCUAUGUAAGAGAAAUAAUAGUGAGACAAACCUUAUUAAGAGAAGGUUCACAUGAAAGGGUGAGAGAAAUGUGGCCAUUUUUUUCAUUGUGAAAAACAGUGUUAUAUUGUAAUGAAACAAAUAAAUGAAAUUAAAAUCUGAAGAAAGAGA